UGUCCUCUCGGCUCUGUGCUCCAGUGUGAUCGCCGAGCGUCACACUCAUCACUGUUGCUGUGUGGCGGUCUACUGUCUGUCUCGAACAAUUGGAGUGUGAUCUGACUUGGAGAUUACAUCAGGCUGAGGGGGUGGCGGACUUGAACGACAUACGGCGGUGGGAGCAGGCAUCGGAGAAAAUGAGGGUCGGAAUUUCGCGACCGGCGCUGCUGGUACGUCUCCUCGCGGUAGCCGUGCUGGUGACUAUCGCGGGGGGAGAUAGAGGCGAUGAACACGAGGGGCACCACGACGAACACCACGGCCCCGUUGGACUCGGAGAUCACGAGCAUUUCGGGGAUCACGAGCAUUUCGGAGAUCACGGAGAUCACGACCACCACCACCCCGAGGACCACGAAGGGCAUGACGGCCACCACGGACUAUUUGGGGAUCACGAGAUCCGAGCAGUGGAGUGCACGCAGACACAGACCCAGGCGGCGUUGAAAGCAACCGCGAACUACGUGAAGUGCGCCUUCCUUGACUACGCGGACUUCCAGGCCUUGGUGCACGCCGACGUGUCCAUCCUCGAAGAUGCGGCGGCUUGCUUCAAGACCAAGGCCGACGAGAUCGCGGAGGAGAUCCCCCCGCCGGACGACAACAUGAGCGAGGACGAAGUGAAGGCGCUUGAGAAAGAGACCGCCGAAAAGCUCGCGACGGCGUUCCAGGAGUGCGUGAAGGAGGCCGAGGCGGAGGACGAAGAGGCAUCGCAAGCCACCGUGCAGUUCCUGGAGAAGAUGCUCGCGGAGGAGAGCACGAUCUGCGCCUGCUUGCCGCCUUUCUUGAUCAAGAUGCCGAGCUGCGGACCGUGGAUAAGGUACCAUGACGUCGGGGAGAUCGUGCAAAACGUGUGCGACUUCAUCGACGACGGGAACAACACCGUCGUCGCCGACAUGGACAUCGCCGAAGUAGACGUCACUCCCGAAGAAAGGGACUCUCAAGAUAAUGCCACUGUUGCGGUGCUCCCUGCGGAGGACACCAAGAAGCUCGAAGAGCAGGAGGAGGAGGAGGAGGGCAGCGUCGCCGAGGCGGGGAUAGAGGAGGAGGAGGAGCGCCGCCCCCGCCUCCCCAACACCUUUGGCCCCUGCCCCCCCGGACAGGAAGUACACCCUUCGGACCCGAAGGCCUGCCAGCCUUCUUUGAACUCCGAGGAGUACCAGGGAGAAGAAUUCGGCGACGGACGAGACAGCAGGCGUGAGGGAGGCGGGAUGAUCAGCCUCGGCUUGUCGGUGAUCGGUGUGGUCGCAGUGGGCGGAGUUGUGGGCGUCGGCGGCCUUUGGGCGUGGGGGAAGUUUCAGAGCGGCACGCGGCAGCCCGGAGUCCGGUACAUGGCGACCGGCCUGGACAACAACAUCGGCACGGAGCUGGGACCAUUCGGCCGCCAGUACGCUUGAUGAUUUGAUUGGUCGAUCAGCUGCGUUGUUGUUGUUGUUGUUGUUGUUGUUGUUGUUGUUGUUGUUGUUGUCGCCGCCGCCACGGAGCUGUAGGGCCGUUCGACCGCGAGUGCGCUUGAUGAUUUGAUCGGUCGAUCAGCUGCGCGGUUGUCGUCUGUUUAGUGGUCUUGGUUCGGCAACAACAAUGGACGACGUCCUUCUCUCUGGGCGACCGGUGGGGGGGAGGCAUCUUUUUGCUCUUGUCUUUCGCGGCUGUUUGUAGGGGGUCGAUUUUCGGAGAACUCUUGCUGUAGUAGGCGUUUUUGUAUCGGUUCGGGUCAAUGCUGCCGUUUCGGGCAGCUCAGCUGGUAUCCUACGGGUAUAGGACAGGGGCACGCAUGCCGUGUCCUCCGCGGAGGGGGAGGUGUUUGAUGCGUUAGGUUGUCCAAGGCAGUUUGUAGGCACACAGCAGCACUGGAUAAGGUUGUCACGAGGCUGUGAAUGCGCGACUUUCCCUUCACCGUUAGAAACGCGCUUCGAUAACAUGUAGGUAGAAUACGAAGGUUGUAGAGUUUCUCCGAUGUCGGCCUGCAUCGACCGCAACAACACAGAGAGGCUGGAAUACGAGGGAGUUGGAGGGAGAAGAUGUCACUGAUGAUUGGCGUGUGGGCUGCGUGUCGUCAGGCGCUUGUAGGAGCCGUCUCGUGUUCGCGGUAGUUCACCAAAUCAACGAAGGGACCGCUGAUUAGACCACUGAUGUUUCCGUGGAUGAGACCGUUGAUACGGGAGAGGUGGGUGCAAAUCGUGUGGCUGGUGGGCUUGUCCCUUUUUCCUAUUUUUUUUUUGCGGUCGUGUACGUAUGAAUGUUGUGUUGACUCGCUUCGAUGUUGGACGACGACAUCAGUUUUUUCGACAUCAGUUUUCUAGUGAUUAUAAACGUGUCCUUCCUGCUUGUGCGUCCCUCCCUCCGUAGUGCAGCACAAGAACGCGAACAUCUCAAUGUGUGGCAGGCCCCGACUGCUGUUGGCCCCUGUUAGCGGUACGUGCGUCCGACCUUCGCACGUGUCGUGUGGUUUCUAAAUGCUUGGUGUCGAUGCUACAUGUAGGUUUUUCGAGUCCUCCCCCGCAUGUAGCGAUGUGCUCGCGACUACUGGUACAUAGAGCAGUUGUUGUUGUUUCUCACAUUAG